CGCUCUUGCCGUUUACGAUACGCCACACACUGCUGGUUGAAGCCCAGCUCUGCCAUCCUAAAAUUCGUCGGAUACAUCCAGCAACUGAUUGAUUCCAACAGACAUUAUGGUUAAACAUAUCUUUCGUCAGUCCAGUGCCUAGUCUCAGCCGAGCGGGUAGCCCUUUAUCUCACAAAAUGACAACCAAUAAUAAUGUGGUGACAAGGAAAAUCCGAUCGGAAUACAUGAAGAAAUUCCGGGAUCCUAAAUGGGACACAUUUUCCAAAGAUUAUGAGGACUCCGUGAAAUACAGAUUGACCCGUCGGGUUAUGGAACAAACGCACAAACCCUUGUUUUGGGAUGGCUGGGACAGUGGGUCAGACUCUAGUGGAAGGUCAAGUCCAAAACUCAGAGAGGGAUUGGACCCUUUAAUAGCCAAGCUGCAAACACUGGAGUCCAGGACUGAAAACAAAGAGACCCAAGUGGUCGAAACUGUAGUGAAUGGUCAAUCAACAGACACCCUCAAUAUGGAGAAUUCUUCGGGCAUUGAGAAUGGUGUUCCAGAUGAGACUGAUAAUCCGAACACUUCAUCAGAGACUGCACCAAAAAGACGCCCGCGACGCCGUGCUCCUCGGUCUGAGGCCGGUUAUGAUGGUGACACUGACCGGUCCCGACCAUCCUCAGCGCCCAAACCAUGCAGAGCGAAGAGUCAGCCACCAGAGAGGGGCAAGCACAGUGAGAGAGAACAGAAGCGUUCCUACAUGCGCUCGAGCUGGGCUGAACAACACGUGGAGACGAGAGGGAGAACGCCCAGUAUGCGUGGGUCAGUUUCUGCAGGGGAGAUUCAUCGUUCAGACGCAGCCGCCAAGCGGCAAGAGGCGCAGAGGUGUGGCGGCGCACUGGACCGGCGUAGGGCACGAUCAGCUGACCUUGAGAAAUGCCGCGGCUCAAGGCUGAGUGUUGCAGAUGAUCGCUGGAUGACCGAGUACAUGCGCUGCUAUUCUGCACAGCUCAGGUGAAAUUUGCCCCACCGGCACAGGAUCCCCUCUUAACUCUGAUCUACUGAUCCAGUUUCCUCAUUACCUUAAAAGGGUUCCCAUGUGGAUUUGAGAAGGGAAGGUUGUUCACAGUUUCACCCUCAAAGGAUGAAUGUCACCACAGCUGUAAAAGUACUGGGACUGAUCUAACAAAUUAUGGAUGAGGAAAUACAAUAUUAUUUGUUUGACUCAAAUCGAUUGGCUUUUUAAAAGUGUGGAGAACUUUUGCAACCCUUUGAUUUCAAUUCACAUUCACUUACAAAACCAAAGCACUGUCUCCUAAAGGGCAGUAAUGGAUCUGAAAUUAGACUUGUGAUUUUCUUUUAUUGUCUUUAGAUGCCUGUAGUUGUCUGUGGGCUUUGUUUCAUUCUCUCUUCGAGUUUCAAAGUCCAAUCAUGAAUCCCCACUUGUUUGUUGAUGUAUGUAUAGAAGUGCAUUUUCUAUUUGAGGCUAUGUUGAGACACCUUCACUGAGGACGUUGUAUGGGCUCUGUAAUGUAGCUUAUAGUGACUAAUAGUUUUCUGCCAGAAUGACUAAUUUGCCCUCAAUGAAAAAUAUGUUGAGAUUGUGAAUAGAUUCUGAAUAGAUUUGAAUCAAACAAUAGUAGUUUAAUAGUAGAAUCAAACAUCUACAUUUUGGUAGAUUUUGGCUGAACAGAACUAACCUGACUCUCUCCAGAUGAAUUUCGUUCCGCCUAGUUCCACUCAUCCAUCUGGGAUUGAUCCAUUGGAGUGGUGCUUCAGAAG